GAGCAGGCAGCUGAGCGUGAAGAGAAUGAAGCCAAUGAGACCAUUGGCAGGGUGGAUGAGGGAGUAGAGGAGUUCUUCACUAAGAAGAUCAUCCCUGAUGACCCGCUAAAAGCGCAGAGGGAGGAGAUCCCUGACAAAGCACAACCCACAGAGUCAACUUCCCCUGCCCCUCCCAGCACGUCUGCCCCGGCCCCGCCCUCCUCCACCACCACCUCCUCUAGCACGUCUUCCUCCUCCGCGACUGAAACAACCACCCUUUCCUCCGCCCCCUCCAAAAACAUCAAGAAGAAGUUUGGGGACUUCUUUGCCUUCAAGAAAGGCCGUACCGUCCGGGGGGCGAAGGGCGAGGUUUGCCCAGAGGGCAAGGUCAAAAAGACCUCUAUUGCAGAUCUAAUCAGACCACUUAGGGAGGCAAAAGAGAAGGAAAAAGAGAGGGAGCGAGACAAAAAGGGGAAAUUUGAAGAGGAGAGGGGUGCUAAGGCCACCAGUGUUAAUGAUUCUGAUGCCACCACAACAGUAAGAGCAGCAGAGGACAACACCAUGGCCCCCGCCACUCCCUCUGAUGUCGCCACCACCUCCGCCUCCCUGCCCACCAGUGCCCGUGCCCAGGAGAAGGUGACCCCCAUGUCCCCCAGCGCUCUGACCCCCAGCCCCGUCAUCAGCCCUAUUGGGGGGUUCUUGGUGGAGAGGGAGAAGAGCCGGACUCUGGAGAAGAGCAGAACCCCAGAUGGAGAGAGGAGGUUGAAGGCCACACGGCGCUCCCUCAGGGAUGGCAAGUCCCAGUCCCUCAUCCUGCUGACAGGCCUGGAGGAUGGCACUGCCACACAUGGAAAG